AUUAGCCCUGUCUAGACGCGCAAGGAAGACCGCGCGACGCGUUCAUCUUUUCGUCUUUCCAUAUACCGCCUCGCCUUGCUACUACACUUCUCAUUUAGAACGAGGUCGACUAGCUGAAUCCUGAUUCUACCAUCUGUCUAUUUCCUUGCAUAGUAUUUGUUUUGCCAUACAUCAUCACAAUGGUUGAGCUGAGAAAACGUAAAACGCCGCCCUCUGCAGCCGCACCGGCACAAGAGAAGAAACCAAAAUCGACCAAGCCAAAAGGAAAAGCUGAAUCGACACAAGAGAAGAAGAAAACCAGCAGUGCAUCUUCAAAGACCCCGGUGCCGAAGACUGGAGAGACGAUCUCAUUAAAGGGGUUCGGUGGAGAGAUACAAACAAAUGAUGGCACAUCCACAACCUUGGAGGCUUUGGUCGCUUCAAGCAAAUCUGGGAUUGUCAUUUUCACUUAUCCUAAAGCUUCAACUCCAGGAUGCACCAAGCAAGCUUGUAUGUUCCGCGAUAAGCAUGAACAUCUGACUUCGACUGGUCUAUCUAUCUAUGGUCUCUCCGCCGACUCCCCCAAGGCAAAUACAACGUUCAAGACCAAGCAAAACUUGCCAUACCCGCUACUCUGCGACCCAAAUGCCACUUUGAUUGGGAGUCUGGGAUUGAAAAAAUCCCCUAAGGGCACAGUCAGGGGCGUGUUUGCAGUGGAUAAAAAUGGGAAAGUUCUGCUCUUGGAACAUGGCAGUCCAGUUGGUACAGUCGACGCGGUGGAGAAGAUUGUGGGAGAAGCAGCCAAAGAUGAAGACAAGGCCGAGGAGGCGGAAUCGAAAUGACCGAAGGCAAUACCUAAGUAACUGAUGUUACAUUAACUCAUGAACUCCUACACUAUAAUUUGGUUCUUUGAACCUUCUAUUUCAUGUCGUUGUGCAAGGUCUAGCGAGUCAAAAUAUAGCGAAUAUCAAAGAACUCAGAUGCAACGGGAACAUUUCUAGUUCUUAGCGUAUUAAACAUCCUUACUGCAUAGUAGACCUAUAUUCACUAGAAAAAGCGAUGACCUGUUUAUCGUCAG